AUGGUUAUCCACGAUCGCUUUAACUUAGACAUCGUGGAGAAUGAUACCUCUCGAGACGGUACAUUCUGGUUCGGACCAGAAGAGCUCCCGCCUACUGGAGACUUAACCUUCUCAGAGGAUGUCGACAUGGAGUUCGAACGCCAGCUUCUUGGAAAUUUAUCUAUCUCGGAGGAUGUCGACAUGGAUCGCGAACUCGAACAGGAACUCCCCAAGAAUGACGAUGACAUGGAAGCCGAGUCCGAAUCUGAAGAGGAACUCACCGAGAGCGAGAAAAAGUACGAAGCUGAGCGCAAGCGUGCCAUCAGAGAAGGAAAGAAACCAGACCGCCCGAACCAGACAUUUGGGUGGUUCCCUCUUUACAACCCCAAUGAACGGGAAAUAAUACGACAAGGGUUCAGUGAAGCCCCGGGAGGCAUGAAGACAAUCGAGGAACUACACGAACACUUUAUCCCGGGGCUAAACUGUACGAUCCCUAGGCCCCCUCCUCAUCCUGAGACGCAGUCAUCCAUCGACAGCAUCACAGUGCGACAGAACCCUCCUCCUGGCAAGAGACCUGUAGGGCGACCACGCAAAGCUGUUGGCACCGCUAAGAAACCCGCGAACCGGCAUGCUGGCAACCGCCCAGUCAAGAGCAACGCUCACCAAACUUAUAAUUUGCCCCCCAGCCACCCAGCCUAUCAGCGGCUCGAUCAGCAACGUUCUGAUAGGAAGGAGGAUGCCCCUGACGAAGUCCGAGUUGACGGUACCCCGAAUUACCUUUCACGCAAAGCAAAUCUUUUGACUCUGAACCACGGUCGCGAGGACAUUUUUGACGGUAUCGAUCCAACUGUGGCUCGCCAAGUCCGUGAAUUCUGGGUGCGUGAAGGAAUCGAAACACCUUUCAACAACAAGGCCCUGUAUAUUCUGCAUCAUUUGAUGAUGAAGCGUGAAGAGAAAAGGGACCCGUUCUUCAAGGAGUCAGAAAUCACAGAAAUCAGAAAACGCAUCAGGUUUCUGAACAUGACUCCCCUCAAUGAUGCAGAAAAGGCUGAAUUCAACAAGCUGUUUCGACCGGAUGUCGAAUGGGAAUAG